UAUAAAAACCAGGUCGAUGCAGAAACUCCUGUCUGUCUCUGUCUCCGUCUCUGUCUCUCUCUUCUCUCUCUGAUCUCGUUCAUUGAUGCAGAUUUGAUUUAACACGGAUACAAUACACAGAAACGUGUGUCAUUUUCGUCUGCAUUUGAUUCGGCGAUUGAUCUCAAGCUCCUUCAACCAUGAACGACCUUCUGUCGGGUUCAUUUGAGGUUCCUCGGAGCCAAGCUACAGGUGGAGAUAUUGAAAUGGGAACACACCGACCAAUGAAUUCAGGAGAGUUGGGCUUGGAUAACUUCUUUAAGAAGAUUCAAGACAUUGAGAAACAAUAUGACAAGCUGAAUAAGAUACUCAGAAUGCUCCAGGAUGCCCACGAGGAAUCAAAAGCUGUAACAAAGGCUAAUGCCAUGAAAGCAAUCAAGCAGAGAAUGGAGAAAGAUGCUGACGAAGCUGGAAAAAUUGCUCGUUCUAUAAAAUUAAAGAUUGAGGAGAUUGACAAAGAAAAUAUGUCUAACAGGCAGAAGCCUGGUUUUGGAAAAGGAUCAGCUGUAGACCGAUCAAGAACAACAACGACAGUUGCCUUGAAGAAGAAGUUUAAAGACAAAAUGUCGGAAUUUCAGACUCUAAGGGAAAGCAUCCACGAAGAGUACAAAGAGGUUGUUGAGAGGCGAGUUUAUACAGUAACGGGUACCAGAGCCGAUGAAGAGACAAUUGAUCGGUUAAUAGAGACUGGGGAUAGCGAACAGAUUUUCCAAAAAGCUAUUAGGGAACAAGGACGAGGCCAGAUAAUGGACACCCUAGCAGAAAUUCAAGAACGUCAUGAUGCAGUUAGAGAAGUGGAGAGGAAGCUUCUUGACUUGCAACAGAUAUUUAUGGAUAUGGCAGUGUUGGUUGAUGCACAAGGGGACAUGCUUGACAACAUAGAAUCACAGGUUUCAAGUGCAGUUGACCACGUCCAAUCUGGGAAUACAGCUCUCCAGAAGGCAAAGAAGUUGCAAAGAAACUCUAGAAAAUGGAUGUGUUUUGCCAUUCUCAUCCUUCUUAUCAUUGUGGUAAUCAUUGUGGUGGGUGUUCUCAAGCCAUGGAGCAGCAAGAAUGGUGCCUAAAUGCUUCACCAUCUUUCUUAAUGUAUAAAUAUAAAUACUGAUUGAAUUGUUGUUGAUCAAUUAGUUAAUAUAUUGUUUCAUCUCUUUAGUAGUAGUGUGCCAUUUUGUAUUUGGAGAGUACAUGUCAUUCUACUUGACAAAAAGUAGGCAUGUAUAAUUCCCCUGUAGAUGUAAUAAAGGAGAUUUCUUGUGAACCAUUCGUGUUCUUGUUCCACGCAAAGUGUCUCACAAAUUCUCCAUUUCAUGUAACACGAUUAAGCAAGUAUAUAUGCUCUCGAUUGAAGGACAAAUUGGAAGUGCCAUCUGAAGGCCUUGUACUGGUUUGCCAGACACCCAUUAAUGUUACAACCUGCAUUUACUAGUCAGGCAACCCUAUUGGACACCCAGAAUUUUUUGACAUUUUUAUUAACACUAUGUAUCGAUGCAUUGUACGAU